AUGUCUAGCCAGAAACAGAUUGACCCCAAGAAGCAGCAGGAGCUUCAGUACCAAUACACCAACUUCAAGAACACCCUCCAGCAAUUAGCACAAAAGAUUGGUGAUAUUGAGCAGGAGGCAGAAGAACACAAGCUUGUGAUUGAAACUCUCGAUCCUCUCGAUGCAGACCGCAAAUGUUUCCGCAUGGUGAAUGGCGUUUUGGUUGAGCGCACUGUGAAAGAUGUUCUUCCUACACUCAAGACCAACUCGGAUGGGCUGAAGCAAGUAUUGGAGGACAUGCUCAAGCAGUAUAAGUCAAAGCAAAAUGAGCUGGAUACCUGGAAGAAGAAGAACAACAUCCAGGUUGUGCAACCCUAG